GUGGAGCAGCCCGGCGCCGGGCUCCGUUGCGGUGACUGCACAGCGGCGGCAGCGGCCGGUGGAGCGGAUCGGAUCCGAGCGGAGCGGGGCCAUGGCGCAGCGGCUCUUCCCCCUGCCCAGGCAGCAGUCCCUCUACCCGCCCAGCGUCCGCAACCCCUUCGUGCACGAGGGGCGCCUGAGCGCCCGCGACAAAGCCCGGAUUGUCCUAUUGGGGAUUAUCCUGCUUCCAUUUCGUGCCAUAUGCAUUGCAUUGAUUUUGCUGCUGUCAUGGCCAUUUGCAGCAAUUGCAACUUUCUGCCAUCCUGGAAGAGGGUCCGUGCCGCUCAUGGGAUGGAAGAGGAGAGUGACCCAGUGUGCCCUCCAGUGCUUAGGUCGUGUUAUGUUCUUCUUGAUGGGCUUCCAAGUUGAAGUGAAAGGGAAAGUAGCAGGUCCCUUGGAAGCCCCAAUCCUUGUUGUAGCUCCUCACUCAAGCUUCUUUGAUGGAAUUGUUUGUAUCAUAGCUGGAUUGCCGUCGAUCGUAUCCAGGUUAGAGAACCUGUCGGCCCCCGUUUUUGGCACAAUUCUCAGAUCCCUCCAGCCUGUACUGGUAUCCCGUCUAGACCCAGAUUCUCGAAGGAAUACAAUCAAUGAGAUAACUAAACGAGCAACAUCAGGAGGCCAGUGGCCACAGGUACUGAUUUUCCCAGAAGGCACCUGUACAAAUCGAUCCUGUCUGAUCACCUUUAAACAAGGAGCCUUUAUUCCAGGAGUUCCCGUGCAACCGGUGCUGCUCCGAUAUCCGAACAAACUGGAUACUGUGACCUGGACAUGGCAAGGCUAUUCAUUCAAAGAACUUUGUGUGAUGACUUUUUGCCAGCCAUUAACGAGGGUAGAAGUUGAGUUUCUACCUGUCCAUGUUCCUACUGAGGAAGAGAAAAAGGAUCCUAAUCUUUUUGCCAACAGAGUCCGUAAUACCAUGGCAACGGCUUUGAAUGUGCCAGUUACAGACCAUACUUUUGAAGACUGCAGACUUAUGAUUUCAGCAGGACAGCUGACCUUGCCCAUGGAAGCAGGGCUGGUGGAGUUUACUAAAAUCAGCAAGAAACUGAAUCUAAAAUGGGAUCCUAUCCGAGAUCAACUGAAUACGUUUGCUGCUAUUGCAAAUGCCUCCAAAGGGGGAAGAAUUGGAAUGGAGGAGUUUGCCGAGCACUUGAAGCUGCCUGUCUCAGAUGUUCUCAAAGAGCUGUUCCUACUCUUCGAUAGGAAUGGAGAUGGCACCAUAGACUUCCGAGAAUACGUGAUUGGUUUGUCUGUUCUUUGUAAUCCUGCCAACACAGAAGAGACUAUUCAGAUGGCAUUUAAGCUCUUUGACGUUGAUGAUGACGGCAGCAUAACAGAAGACGAGUUUGCUUGUAUUCUCCGGUCAUCUCUCGGAGUCCCUGACCUUGAUGUUUCUCAGCUCUUUAAGGAAAUAGACACAGAUAAUUCUGGGAAGAUCGCCUAUAAUGAGUUUAAGGACUUUGCAUUUAAGCAUCCAGAAUAUGCCAAGUUAUUUACUACAUAUCUAGAGCUACAGAGGUGCCAUCUACAGACAUCAGACGAAGAAGAUGAUUAUCAGACACCAGAAGACACAUACUCACAGAGUAAGACAUCACUCUCAGAAAAGACCCCAAUCGCAAGAAAUAAAGUUGGUCCUGAAGGCAAUGAAGAAGACCUCUCAAGUACUUCAGACAAAAAGGAUGACUAAGUAUAAACAGCCUGAUAAUUUUGCAUUUACACUGUGCAGAUUUCACUGAGGUUAUUUUAUAUCAAAAUGUAUUUGUUGAAUAUUGAUAAAAGUUAAGAUUUUAAGAAUG